AUGGGAAACGCCCGAAAUGACAUCUCAGAAGCCAAGGACAUAGCUAAGUCAAUCCGUGAAUGGCUGGGGUACGAGACCAGAGAGCCUCACAGAAUCAUUGGAGAAAUAGGAAAUGCUAUGAAGGCCUUGGACAAAAAAUUGCAGGAUCUUGCCGACAGCUGCACCAGUGAAACAAUUAAAACAUCGGAAAAGAGAGGACCGACACCGACACUGGAGGAACGACAAAACCUCCUAACGACUAUAGAAACUCUCUCAAGGCAGCUAGACGAACAACGGCGAGAACUCAAAGACAUCAAAGAUCAAACAACGCUCGUCCAAAACAGUAGUGCAAAAGCCAUUGAAAUCUUAACCACACAGUAUCCGUCCCAAUACGAAAGCAACGACAAGCAACAAUGGGAUGUUAUGAAGACUGAUAUUUUGCAGGAAAUUAAAAAUAUAAAAUACACACAAAUGCAAGAAACAGCUGACAGCACCCCCAGUCCCUUAACAAUAAACUUUAGUGAACAUCUACAGCCCAUCACCGAACGUCUCGAAGUAGUUUCGUCGGAACUAAAAACCAUACGUGAGCUUCGGCAGAAAACGCCACCACCGGCGAUAAGCCUUAGUGCGGAGCUUGCGUUGGCAGAAAUGGCCAAGACCACCAAGUCAAUUCCGACGUAUGCUCAAAAAGUGAAAGAGAAGCCUGGCCACCAAGAUGACGGAAGCUCAAAUUUCCUAAAGACAGGCACCCACAGUGUGCACAUCAUCCAAGCAAACCUACAGCGAUCAAAACUAGCGACAACAGAAUUAAUACAAGGAGCAAAGGAAAGGGGAGUUUCAAUAGCCCUCGUACAAGAACCAUAUGUGGGCAGAAGUGGUGAAAUGAAGCUGAUCCCCGGCACAAAAAUCAUCCAGUGCACCCUUAAUCGCCUAAAACCCGUGAAAGCGGCAAUUAUCAUCUUCGAUGACAAAUUGCGGGUCAUACACGACCCGCAAUUGGUGACCGAAACUGAAGUGGCGGUGCUCCUGUGGGCAGGAAAGCUGAGGUUGGGAUUGGUGUCUGUCUACUACGAAGGAGACCAAGACAUAGAGCCCUAUUUGGUACGCACAAAGGUAGCUUGCCAGAAACUCCAAACCGAAAACCUUCUGGUCGGUGGGGAUGUCAAUGCCUGGAGCCACUGGUGGGGAAGCAGUCAUGAAGACCAAAGAGGUGCAGCUUACAACGCCUUCCUAAACGAAAUGGAACUGCACAUUCUCAACACCGGAGACACACCAACAUUCGAGACAUAUAGGCGAAACAAAAAAUACACAAGCGUUGUUGAUGUCACAGCUUGUAGCUUGUCACUGCUAGGCAAAAUAGACGACUGGAGAGUCGAUCGGAGUCUAACAACAUCAGACCAUAAUGCAAUCACUUUUGCUCUGCGCUUGGAUGAGCAACUAACACCACUCGAGUCUAAUACCACGCGCAAAUACAACACCAAAAAGGCAAACUGGGAGGAAUUUAAAACGAUCUUAAAAAUCUCCCUAGCAGAAAAAAAUAUAACACCUGAAACCAUGGACCAGAUUUUCACCCAAGAGGAUCUGGAAACCAAAAUUACUGUCUAUACAGAAGCCAUCUUGGAUGCUUGUGAUAAAUCUAUUCCAAAAAUUGGCAUAUGGAAGACUAAUAGUAGGCCUCCUUGGUGGUCCAAAACUCUAGAAAACCUAAAAAGGGAUGUCCUGCGAAAGAAGAGGCGAAUCAGAAAUGCCGCCCCCAUCAGAAUGGCAUCAGUUAUAAAUGAAUAUUGUAAAGCUAAACAAGAAUAUGUGGAAAAGACCAUUGAAGCACAAACAAGUAGCUGGAAAGAGUUCUGCUCGACACAAGAAAAGGAAAGCCUGUGGGAUGGAAUAUAUAGAGUAAUAAGAAAAACUGCCAGAAGACAAGAAGAUAUGCUACUCAGAAGUGUCGAAGGCGACACCCUAAAUCCGGAGGAAUCGGCAAAACUUUUGGCAAGCACCUUUUAUCCAGAAGACUCUAUUGCAACUGACAAAUCCUACCACAUGCAAAUCCGAAGACUGGUUCAAGACAAAAGACCGGAGGACAUAGAAGACCUCUCUGAUGAUGAUCCACCCUUCACACCGGCCGAACUGGAGACAGUGCUGAAAGCAUUGAACCCAAAAAAAGCUCCGGGUCAAGAUGGCUUAACUUCAGACAUUUGUACUGUAGCCAUUCAAAGCGAAAAGGAGGUAUUCUUGGCGUUGGCAAAUAAAUGUCUAUCGUUAGCAUACUUUCCCAAGCAAUGGAAAAAAGCACACGUCAUAAUUCUCCGUAAACCUGGAAAAGAGGACUACACUCACCCAAAGUCCUACAGGCCCAUAGGCCUACUACCAGUCCUGGGGAAAAUAGUCGAAAAACUUAUGGCGGGUCGCUUGCAAUGGUACACCAUACCCAUGUUAAAUCCGAACCAAUAUGGCUUCAUGCCACAGCGCGGAACCGAAGAUGCCCUCUACGACUUAAUGGACCAUGUAAGAUCAGAACUCCACAACAAAAAGAUGGUGCUUAUCAUCUCUUUGGAUAUAGAGGGAGCCUUCGACAACGCAUGGUGGCCAGCACUCAAGCACCAGCUCAUAAAAAAGAGGUGCCCAAGAAAUAUCUACGCAAUGAUAAACUCGUACCUUAGUGACCGUAAGAUCGUGGUAAACUAUGCCAGAACAACAAGCGAGAGGAACACCACAAAAGGUUGUGUGCAAGGGUCUAUCGGAGGACCAACCUUUUGGAACAUCAUUUUAGAUCCCUUGUUGCAAAAACUAACAGAUGAAGGAGUAUAUUGCCAGGCAUUUGCAGACGACGGAGUCCUAGUAUUCUCCGACCACACGGUCAAUACCAUGGAGGAAUCAGCCAACGCAAUUCUGCAGAAAGUAGUCAAAUGGGGAGAGGAAAACAAAUUAACUUUCGCAGCACACAAGACUAACGCGAUGCUUCUGACAAAGAAACUUAAAUUCAAUCUCCCAAAACUCUACAUGUCAGGAAAUAUACUGCAACUGGUUGAUCAGAUAAAACUCCUGGGAAUUAUAAUAGACCGGAAACUCACAUUCAAACCACAUGUGACCGCCGUCUGUAAAAAAGCUGCGGAAAUUUAUAAACAGCUAGCGUGCGCCGCAAAAGUAACAUGGGGCUUAAAUGGAGAAAUAACAAGGACAAUAUAUGUCGCGGUCAUAGAGCCGAUUGUGUUGUACGCUUCAAGCGUAUGGGCUCCAGUGACAGAGUUGCAAAUGAUUCGCGAUCAACUGGACAGUCUUCAAAGAGGAUUUGCACAAAAAAUCUGCAGAGCGUACCGCACAGUAUCGCUCACGGCGUCUCUGGUACUCUCUGGUCUAUUACCAUUGGACCUGAGAGUCCAGGAAGCUGCAAGUUUGUACAAAGCAAAAAAAGGUAUCUCAACAGACUAUUUACCACCUGGAAGGAGACUGGAGAAGAGAGUGAGCUAUUUGGAUCAUCCACACCCCUCGAAACUCAUAACAACAGAGUACGAGCUCCUAGAGGGCGCGGAUCUCGAAUCUUUAGACUCCCGCCGGAUUACUGGCCCCCAAAUUUAUACAGACGGCAGUAAGAUAGAGGGAAAAGUUGGAGCUGCUCUAACUUGGUGGGAGGAAGGUAAUGAAAUCCAUUACUCGACUUUCAGCUUAGCCCCUUCGUGCACCGUGUUUCAAUCAGAACUAUAUGCACUUUACAGGGCGGUUCAAUUGGCAAAAAAUAGCAGGGAAAAAUCCGUAAACAUUAUGAGCGAUUCUAGGUCCUCACUCGACCUGUUGGAAAACCCUAAACUUAUCCAUCCUCUGACGAAGCAUAUAAAAGAGUGCAUAGAAGACAUCCGGUCACAGGGGAGACGAGUGCGGUUUUUCUGGCUACGAGCGCACGUGGGGACUGCCGGAAACGAACGCGCUGAUGAGCUAGCGAAAACCGCGGCCCAACAAGCAACAACUGUCCCAGACUAUGCAGAAGUCCCGUUGUCUUAUGUCAAAAGAAAGAUCAGAGAAGAGUCUGUACGGAAAUGGCAGGAUAGGUACAACGCCUCCAGUACAGGGCAAGUCACCAAAACGUUUUUCCCCGAUGUAGACAAAGCUUACCGCAUCGUGAGGAAAGCAAAACUGACACACUAUCAAGUGCAAAUCAUUACAGGACACGGCGGAAUAGCUGAGUACUUACAUCGGUUCAAGUUGAAAAACAGUCCCGGCUGUGAGUGCAACCCAAAUAUCAGUGAGUCUGUGUGGCACAUCAUCCUGGACUGCCCACGAUUCCAGAUGGCCAGAAUGGACCUUGAAUUUAGGGACAAGAUCCUGGACAGGCUUAAGGCUGUGUCCAUAACCUUGGAGGAAGGCGGCACUCUUGGGCAUUGGCAGUUACCAAAAAUAACAUGGGUCAAUGGCGUACCCGGAUGUGGAAAAACAUCUUGGGUUAUUAAUAGUUUUGAGGCGGAAAAAGAUAUCAUAAUAACAACAACAACUGUAGCUGCUAGCGACCUGAGGAACAGGCUAGCAUCACGUGUAGGAGCCGACGCAGCAAGGAAGGUGCGGACAAUGGCCUCAAUCUUGGUAAAUGGCAUAACGGCGUCUGAGAAAUACACCCGUCUCUUAAUUGACGAAGCGCUUAUGAACCAUUUUGGGGCCAUAGUAAUGGCAGUACAAAUCACGGGUGCAAGUGAAAUUCUUCUUAUAGGCGACAACAACCAGCUGCCGUAUAUCGACCGGCACGAUCUGUUUCGACUUCACUAUACUCGUCCAAAUCUAGUGGCUAAUAUCAACCACGAAUGGCUCUGCACGCACAGAAACCCAUUGGAUGUAGCGUAUGCACUAAAUGAGAUCUACGAGGGCAUUUACUCAUCCAAUACUAGGCUGCGAUCCCUGGAGCUGAAGAGGUACACGGGUUCACAGAUUCCAAAGUCCCUUGAAAAUACGUUAUAUCUGGGACACACCCAGGCUGAAAAGGAAAGUCUCAUCAGCCAGGGCUACGGAAAAGGGAAGGGUUCGCGAACUCUUACCAUACAUGAAGCUCAGGGCCUCGUGAGCGAGACGGUGGUAAUUGUGCGAUCAACCAGAGAGAAACAACGCCUAUACAACAGUAUUCCCCAUGCAGUGGUGGCAAUCUCACGUCAUACGAGCCAUUGUACCUACUUUACAGAUUGGUGUGAGGAAGAUGCAGUUGCCCGUUUUAUUUUACGCGCCGAGUCUGCCACCACAAGCAGAAUUAGGGAUUAUAACAUCAAAACGGCAAUACAUCAUCGAGACUUAAAGGUUGCGAACAACAUUAUGAACGUGGUCCGAGACGAAGUGGCGUAA